CCGUGUACGAGAGGAAUACUGAAACCCUGUUCCUUUUUUCAUUUGUGUCUUGAGCACUGUCACGGAGAGACAGCAGAUCUUCAUGUGCACGAAUAAGGCUCGUCUUUGUUACGUUAGCAGCACCGAUGGAGGGCAAACCUGGAGUCAACUGAAGGAUUUAACAGAGAGCAUGAUUGGAAAAACUAUCCACAAAUGGGCCACAUUCGCCGUGGGUCCGGGUCACGGAAUUCAGCUGAAGAGUGAAAGUGAUGACUUUGGUCAGACGUGGCACAUCGGUGAGAUGAUUGGAGAAGAGUCCUGUGAAUGUGAAAUGGUGGAGAUCAUAGAUAACCAGGGCAACAGUCAUCUAUACUGCAAUGCCCGUAACAGUGGAGGUCACAGAUGUGAGGCCCUGAGUGACAAUGGCGGAGUCAAUUUUAACAAACACCGCCUUGCUCUGGAGCUUAUUGAGCAACCUCAUGGCUGCCAAGGAAGCAUCAUCAGUUUUCCCACUUCUGAAUUUCUUCCAUCUGACAAAACCGAAAGCAGUGCAUGUGAGACAUCAGUGCCAUCUCUGAAGCCAGGAACUUGGCUCAUCUUCAUGCACCCGACUAAUAAACAUUGUAGAAAAGAUAUGGGCGUUUACCUAAAUCGAACCCCACUGCAGCUAUCAGGAUGGGAGCAGCCGAGGAUCAUCCACAGAGGGCCGAGCGGAUACUCAGACCUGGUUUAUAAUGAGGACAGUGGUCAGUUUUUUUGUCUGAUGGAGUGUGGGGAAAAAAGUGAAUUUGAGGGCAUUGCAUUUCGGUCUUUUACCUCAAUGAUGUCAUGCCGAAGCUUGUGGGGGGCAGGAAACCGUCUGAACCAGAAUAUUGGUUUGAAAGCGGAGGGGUAG